UGAGUGUUCUGCAUUAUAAAUUGUAAUUCCACAUGUAAAUUCAGGGUUGUUGAUGAGCGAAAUUUACUGAGAAUGCUAAGGGAUAAAUUGGGAUAAAAGUGCGAAGGGUAGAUGUGAAGAACGUUAAUACACCCGUUUGCAUAUACGGGUAUUAAUUCUGCAUAGGAUUCCAACAUCGGCGAGGCAUUGGUGCACGGUGUAUAAUUAACAUUCAACACAUUUUAAGAUUUAAUUAUAAUUUAUUUUCCAGAUUUAACCCUAGAUUUAACUGCUUCAGAGGCAAUUCGACACGAAGGUGUAAGUGACCUGAAUCGUAACCGAAACUUAUUUUUUCAUCUUACACAUCAGAUCAGGAUUUCUUAUUUUAAGUAAAAACAAACAAAAUUUUAUUUGUUCUGAACUUCCAAUUUAAUUCUUUAACUUUCUCAACUGAUUUAACUUUAUUCACUGAUUUAACCUCAUUUGCUUUAAUCCAGUUAUGGUGUUAAAAAUGAACUCAGCUUUAAUCUUCUUCUUUCUCUUUUUCAAGGCUGCAGAGUCGCAUAAAUACCGAGUUAACUUUCUCGGACCCUCAAAAAAGUCUUCUUUCGUCGAAAAAAGCAAUGUUGAAAAGUUGACUAAGGUCUUGAGAGAAGACUUGAAUUCCAAGGUCGACGAAGUUGUUGAUUUGAUAGCAACUGAUUUGGAACGUGAAUUACUGAAAAAUGGACUAACUAACCUUUCUCUUAUGCAACAAUCCGACGUCAAGGGUUUUGGUAGUAAGGCAAAGGAAAUAAUUAAGAAAACACUGGUUGGUGUCAUGAGAUCCUUGCUUCCGGUGUUUGAAAGAUGGAUCCACGACUCAGUUCAGCCUCCAGUUGUCGACAAACACGUCUACGGCGUCCUGAUCCACCCAAUUGGCUACAGAAUCUGCGAACAAAUCCACGAGAAGCUCAAAAUCAGUGAGCCUAACCCAUGGAAGGACGAUGAAAUAGAAGAAGAGGAGGAGCCAGAAGAGGAGCAAGAUGAAGGAGAUUCAGUAUCCGACGAGGCUAUUGAUCAACUCUUAACCAUGUAAUCUCAUUUAUACUCU